AUGCAAUUGUCAAUCAUAUUUGUGUUUGUUUCAUUAACAAUAUUUAUAAACUGUCGCGAAUUAUCCCAUAUUAGAAAAGAUUUUUUUGAUAAACUGUUAUCAUCAUCAUCAUCAUUAUCAUCAAAAUAUGUGUCCAAAAUAUCCCAACCAACUCCAUUUGUUGUUGUUGUUGAACCAUUGGAAGAAACACCACCAUUUUCCUUACAACAACAACAACAACAACAACAACAACCACCAUCAAUGGAUCUUGAAAUGGAUAUCCCUUUCCAUUGUCGGAAAAAUGAAUUUUUAAUUCACAAUCAAUUUGAUUUACAAAAUAUUUCCAAUUGUGAAGUAAUUAUUGGUAAUAUUAUCAUUAGUGAAUUUGAUUAUCCUAUUAUAACAUUUUCAAAUUUAGAAAAAUUAUUAGGUAAUUUAACUAUUUUGAAAAGUCCUGAUACAGUUAGAAUUGAUGCACCUAUAAUGGAAUUAAUUAGUGGAACAUUUAAAAUGAUUGAAUUGACUUCAUUAGCAUUAAUAUCAUUUCCAGCUUUAAAAUGGGUCAAUACAUUACAUUGGAAAAUUUUACCAAUUUUAAGUAAUGUUCAUUUUAAUAAUGAAAUUAAGGGGAUUGAUAAUAUAAUUAUAUCUGAUACUUCAUUAACUGGGUUUUCGGGAUUUCUUGCAGAAUCAAUUGAAAAUUUAGAUAUUAAUAAUAAUCGAUUUUUAGAUACGAUUGAAAGUAAUGUUGAAACCAUUUCUGGAGAAUUACAUAUUGGUGCUAAUUCAAAUGAUGUUAAAGUAUCAUUCCCCAAAUUGAAACAAAUUGGAUUAUUAAAUAUUAAUGAUGUUGAAAAAUUAAAUUUACCAGAAUUGGAAUUUAUUGAUGAUUCCUUAAUUUUAAAUAAUAAUAAUUUUCAACAAUUAAAAUUUUCCAAAUUGAAUUAUAUUGGUGGGACUUUAAGUUUAUUUGAAAAUUUAGGAGUUAAUGAUUUAGAAUUCCCAAAUUUAAAUGAAUUGGGUGGUGGAUUAGUAAUGAUUAAUAAUAGUUUAAUUGAAAGAAUAAAUUUUUUCCCUAAAUUGAAAAUUAUUGGUGGUGCUUUAGAAUUGAUUGGUAAUAUUAAAGAAAUUUCUUUAAAAAAUUUAAAAUUAGUUAAAGGAAGUGCUAUAGUUAAAUCUACUUCAUCAAUUUUUGAUUGUAAAAAAUGGUCUAAAACAGAAAUUAUGUUGGUGGUUAGAGGUGGAAGAAUUGAAUGCACUGAUUCUAAUAAUGAAAAAAUUACUUCAAGAACUAAAGAAGAUGGAACUGGUGGUGAAUUGAUAACUACUCCAACUACAACUACAACUACUAAAACCAAUAGCAAAUCUACCUAUUCUGGUGGUCGUAGCGGUGGUAAUGACGAUGUUAAGAUGAAUAAAGAAACUACUAGCCUGAGUAGUGGUUGUUGUGGUGGAAAUGUUUUUGUUAAUGGUUUACAACAUUUUACAUUAUUCCAAUUUAUUGCUAUAUUGAUAACUUUAGUAAAUAGUUUUGUCUUACCCUUAUAA